UAAUGGCCGUCAAACAACAAGUAUAUCAUGCUCCGAUAGUGACACAUUUUCUCUUAUGCCUUCUACUCCAAACUUGCCGGACUUCUGCCGAAGACCUGAAGUGGGAUGAGAAUGGCUACGUUUUGUACUGCCCGUGCAUGGGUCGCUUUGGAAACCAGGCAGACCACUUCCUGGGAUCUCUGGCCUUUGCAAAGAUGCUGAACCGAACCCUGGCAGUUCCUCCCUGGAUAGUGUACCGCCACCACACACCCCCUUACACCAAUGCCCAUGUUCCCUACAGUGAAUUCUUCCAGCUGGAGGCCCUGUCUGCCUACCACCGUGUGGUCAGUUUGGAGGACUUCAUGGAGAAGCUGGCUCCCAAUUACUGGCUCUCAGGACAGAGGAACGCCUACUGCUUUGAGACUGCUGCACAGCGGAGUGCAGACAAGAAGUCCUGCCCUAUGAAGGAUGGGAAUCCAUUUGGUCCAUUCUGGGACUAUGUUGGUGUGGAAUUUGACAAGUCUGUCUUGUUUGGUGGUAUUUCUUUUAGUACCUACCACCAAGCUCAGUGGAUGAAGAAGUUCCAUCCCUCUGAGCACCCUGUCCUGGCACUGCCCGGUGCUCCCGCCCAGUUCCCAGUGACAGAGGAGCACGUAGGCCUGCAGCGCUACAUGGUGUGGUCAGACAAGAUGGUAAAGGAGGGAGAAGAGCACAUUGCUGCCCUGCUGACCAGGCCAUACGUGAGCAUCCACCUGAGGAUUGGCAUUGACUGGCAAAAUGCCUGCAAAAUGCUGAAGAGUGGCGACACAGGGCCUCACUUCAUGGCCUCUCCUCAGUGUGUUGGCUACAACCGCCAGACAGCUUUGCCUCUCACCAUGACCAUGUGCCUCCCUGACCUGACAGAGAUCCGUAGAGCUGUCAAGCUGUGGGUGAAGAAGACCUCUUCCCGCUCUGUCUACAUUGCCACUGACUCCGAAUCUCACAGCAGGGAUAUUGAAAAGCUGUUCAAGGGCAAGGUGAAAGUGGUGAGUCUUCAGCCAGACUCAGCCCAGAUGGACCUGUACAUCUUAGGUCGAGCCGACCACUUCAUUGGCAACUGUGUCUCAUCCUUUUCUGCUUUUGUGAAGAGAGAACGGGAUGUUCAUGGCCUUCCAUCUUCCUUUUUUGGCAUGGACAAGCCUGGAAAAUUAAAUCCCAAAGAAGAACUCUGAGCACAAGAGUCAUGUGGUUGUCCUCUGGCCACGAAUGCUGGGUGACUGUCAUGAGGAGGCAAGAGAGUAUGUGGAGGGCACAGAACAUUUAUAUGUGACGUGAUGGUUCACAGUGUGUGAAGGCCAGUCCUUUCUUUAGAAUGGCCUUUAAUCUGUGACAAAGGGCUUAUCAGAUAGGAUGUAGCAGGUCAGUAAUGUAAUGUUUGUGAAAUGAUAUGAAAUGGACACAGCUGCCACAAAGAAACACUUUAUUUCUGUCUGUUUCCUGCUUUACAACUCAGUAUCUCAAGAUUUGCCUGUUUUUGUCUACUAUGCAGUAAACCAGUUUUUGCUUCCCUAACAUUUCCUUUAGCACCUGCCACAUUUUGUAGCUGUAACUAUGUUUUGCAAUCCAGACAUGUCAGCGGGACCUCUGCUUCCCUCAGUGAACUCUGGGUAAGACUGGUUGCAGUGUCAGUGUUCAUGCUCUCCCUCUCUCUUUUACACUCUUGUCUCUUUCUCCAAACCUUUCCAUCCCUCCAUGCCUUUCAGGUUGGUAUUUCCUUUCCUCUCUGCCCUCCAUUCCAAGGAGAGCACAGUAACUGAUCCUCCUGUGCAUACUAAUUAUAGGGAGGCAGACAGUGUUUCCACCUCUCAUUUUACCAGGACCAAAACUGAUGAAAUGUCUGGAACCCUGUGCUAAUUGUUGUGGUGACUGAAUUGUCAUUCAGUGAAUGUGAACACAGAUGUUUCAGGGAUGUUUCGGGGAGACAGAAGAGUUGAUUUGCACUGGUUGAAUUGAUUAGAUGAAAAUGGGGAUGUGUGGUAAGCUAACCGUGUUCCUCAGUGUGAAAGCAGUGAAUGCAAUGAUUUUGAAGUAAUAUGUUUUCUAUAAUUAUUUUCAUCAAUAAAGUGAUGCACACUUAUUUUUAAAGAACCAUCA